GGUUAAACCUGACCGGAACUACGUUCUGGUAAAGUUGAUCAAAACCCUGGAGCUAUUUUAACGCAGUAUGACUACGUUUAAGCCGGUUAGUGUAAGUUUUUACCUGUUCUGGCGGUAUUACGGGUAUUAUCGUGAUGUAACGACCCCGCAGUGACGGAAACAUCAGCUGUGGUGACGCUGUUUGUGUUCCUCAGCAUCACCGCCACACCCUCCCCAUAGUGCAGCAGCAGCAGGAGCAGCAGCAGCAGCAGCAUGAAGUCCGCCGCCCUGCUAGUUGUGGCUCUGACAACAGUCUGCCACGGCAUCCUCCCGGAGAUAGUGGACUCCGGCAUCAGCCACAUCCUGGAGGAUAAUUCCGUCCAGGGACAAACGGAGCCGGACAGCGUGUUUGUGGAAGUGGAGCAACUCCCAGAGGAUCUGCAGCACAAGCCUGAGGAUGCGUUUCAGCAAACCAAUAACCAGAGUGUCAGCCCUCAUCCCAACAACAUCCCUCUGAGUCAUCCCAAUGAAAAUGGUCCUGAUAAAGUGACUGACAAUGAAUCUUUCCACCAGGAGACUAACAACAUCACCACAGCUGUCCAGACCAGUGAUCUGGAGAACAAGAUUGAUCAUAGAUGUCUCACUAACGACGACUGUGGGAAGGGAAGGUACUGCUUCUCUGACACAGACAAUUCCAAGUGUGUUCCAUGUAAAGCCAUCGAUGUGCCGUGUACGAAGGAUGUGGAGUGCUGUGGUGAACAACUAUGUCUGUGGGGCCAAUGCACCCAAAAUGCAACAAAAGGCGAGGCUGGCAGCACUUGCCAACACCAGACUGACUGUAAUCUUGACCUCUGCUGUGCUUUCCAUAAAACCCUGCUCUUUCCUGUCUGUUCGGCCAAACCCAUUGAGCGUGAACGCUGUUUCGGUGCCUCCAACCACCUGAUGGAGUUACUGUCAUGGGACAUUCAGGACGAUGGACCCAGGAAACACUGUCCCUGUGCAGGUGAUCUCCACUGCCAGCAUCUGGGGCGAGGCUCCAUGUGCCUUAAAGGAGAGGACUCGAGUGAAGAGGAUCUGACAGACUCUCUUUACUCAGAGAUAGACUACAUCAUCUAGACACAACUCGGUUUAACUCACAUUGCCUUGUAAGCAGCUAGUCAGGCAUCUCCUCUGACUCCAGAGCCAUUUUUGCAAAGAGUCAUUGCACAUUUCUUUUUGCCAGCGUAAUCCAAAGCACUAAAGCAUGAAAAAUGGAUGAAAAUGUAUUUAUUUUAAAUGCUGUAAUGGAAGUUUAUAACCCUUAAAUGUGUCUAUAGAUGUAGAUAUGAAUGUGACUAACACAAAAAAAACAGGAAACUGAAUUUGCAAAACACACUUGGCAUUAGUUUCUUGACUAUUUGCUGCAUUUCUAGAUUUUUUUGCCCACUAUAUAAUGCUAACCCCAGCCAUAACCAUAACACACUGAAUACAACUCUAAAGAUCUGUAAAAUGACUACAAGUUACCUUCUUUUCACCUAAGUUCCAGACUUAUUGAAUUUACUGUUAACUAGGAGAAAAAAAACGAUCAUGCUUCAUGUACUGUUUGAGCAGUAAAACCGUAAGAUGUUCGAUUCCUCUACAGAAACAACACGGCCAUCAUAUGUAAGCAGAGCAUGUGCUGUUUCUUCCAAUUCUGGGAACAGUUAUAAAAUAAUUGCUGCCAAUGACCAUAAUAUUUAAUCAUACUGACCUCAUCUCAGAUGUUUGGUAGUAAAUCGAAUUAUAGCUGCUUAAGUUGUUUGUAACAAAGCAUUUCUCUUCUGCAUCUGCAUAGCUUAGAACAUGCUUUGGCAAAAUUCCUGCUUGAUCCCCACCAAUAUCUGCCAAGAUCUUCAUGUUGAGGUGACUUGUGUUUUUGUCAAAAUCUAAGCCAUUUUUACUGCACUGAGAUGACAUGUUCUUAUAUAUGCACGGCAGGAAACACUGUCACUCACACCAGGACGUGUUUGAUUCUGCCUCUACUGCAGUUAUUUUGCAAUGUGUUUUUCUUUUAUAUAUCUGCACUUUAACCUGAACUUUAAUGGGCCGCUGUUGUCUUUGAAGCAGCGUUUCAUGCGCAGGAAUGUCAGUAAAUUAUUGAAUGUACAAUCACAGGUCAAGGUUGGAGUCAUGUUUUAGUGUCCCAGUUGCGGUCUGUUGUCCAACAGCGAAAAUGUUUUGUGCAAGGAUCAAACUUGAACUGUAGUGACGCCAUAUGUGUUGGUCCUCUAAGCUGUACACUCUCAUGCAAUAAGCUCAAAAACUGCAGACUGUGGAUGUUGUUUCUGUAUAGAGAUGCGUUUGUAAUAUUCUGUUCCCAAAUGACCGUUAAGAGCCUAUAAAUAUAGGAUUCAUAGCAAAUUGAGUGCAAAAGAUCAUAAAUAAAGAAAAUGCUAUGUAAUUAUUAAGCUGUUAAUCGGCAAUAAACAGUAACCCUUUCGUUUAUUUACCGACUAAGUACCAAAAUCUGCUUUUCUUGUUCUGUUUUCUCCUCAUUUAGCAGAACAUAUGAAGGCCCUAAACACUCACCAUCACAGAGUAACGGCAACAUGAAAACCGCCGUGUGGAUUUGUGCAAGAAUUAUUUUAAAUAUAUUAAAACAAAAUAAUGAGAAAAAUAAUUUAAUCAGCAACAAGAGGAGAGUUAGUAGGUAUCACGAGGUCAGCCAGCUGGAAUUAAACCAAGAAUUUAAAUUUAGUGUGAACCUUAACCGUUAAAGUAAUCAGGACGCUCCAUAAAAGGUUUUAUCUAAUGAAAUGCCUCCCUGAGCACUUUCAGGUGUUUUUUCGAUCAGCCCUUAACACUGACAGACACUUUAACUUUCUUUUUUAGUGUAAAAGUAACUCUUCAAACACAACUCAUCUCUCAGACUCAACAUUUAUGAUUUCACUGCAAAUACUUGAUAUGUUAAUGUGGUUCAAAACAUUACUGCUUAAAAAUGAGUGUGUUUAAAGCGAGCAAUGCGACAUACCAUUUCAAUAUUCAGCCUGAAAGUUAAUUUUUUCUUUGCAAAGAAUGUUUAACAAAGCAGUGUAGUUAAAUGCUGGAUAAAACUGUCAAAUAUAACCUGCACUUUGAACACAACAGCUUGUACAACUCUUGCCUUUGGAACAAUAAAAAGGUUUUUUUUGGAAACUGUAAA